AUGGGCACAUCCCCUACAGCUAUGCCUGCACCAGCUGAAGUCCAAGCGACAACCUUGGAGAAAUUUAUCCAAGGAUGGGCCGGAUGGGCCCCAGACGGUUUUCUCGCCAACUGGUCCGAAGACUGCACGCAGAAAACACUGCCUUUCAGCUCAGGGGUGCCAGUCCGCACCUGCCCAGACACUGAACAGCUUUUUCCGGUUCUCAUGUUCCUAGUGUCGAAUUUCACUGCCGACGAUGUGGAAAACCCUCAUACAAGCAUGGCACCCAAGCCUCUGGUACAUAGCGGCGAUGCAGUCUCCUUGAUCUGCCAGACCAACAUGGAACAUGCACUGAGGACUCUCCUGGGUUCUCAGGUGCAGCUUGGAUUGCGACUGCCUGGUUACAACAGGAGCCAAAUAAAUAGCAUCGAACCCCCUGGUGCGCGCCGCGAACCCUGCUUCUAG